AUAUGAAAUUUAUUAAAUUAAGAAAAUAAAAACAAAGAAAAAAGCAAAAUUAUACAAGAAAAAACACGCAAAUAAAGCAAAAACAAGACAACAAAACAACAACAACAACAACAACAACAAAAAACUGCUUUAAUAUGUACGAAAUAAUUUGUCGAACAUUAAACGUAAUUGAAACACCAGCAAACGGCAAUAGAACAAUAGCAAAAACAGCAGGAGGCUCAAAUAUCCUACAAACAAACAGCAACAGCAACAUCAGCAGCAACAGCAGUCGCAGCUAACAAGUAAUCAAAAAAGAAAAUAUAUAGUUGAAACACUUAAAAGGUCGUUAGAAUAAACAAUUGUUACCGUUACAAAAAACUACAUAUAUAUACUAACACAUACUCCAUUUCUUCCUGCACACUUACACACACCUACUUAUGAACAACUUCCCCCUAUAACAUCCGGUUUAGCUUUAAGAGCCAUUAGCAAAAUUACGUUUUUUAUAAAGUGAAAAAAAAGUGAAAAGUUAAAAAAGUACGAAAUUAUAUACUCAUACAAGUGUAAUCAUAAAUGAAGUAAAAAUUAAAUGAAAUGAAAUCCUAAACAUAAAACACUUGUUUGCUAUAACAAAUACAAACAUAAUAGAAGGAAAUAAACCAAAACAAUAUAAAAUCAAAAUAAACUGUGGUGUCAAAUACCCAAGCAACAUCAUUAUCGUUUUAAUCAUCAUCAUCAUCAUCAUGGCAAAUACGUUUGAUGUAUAUUUCGCUUAACUGGCACCUGGAAACAAACAAACAAUAACAACAACAACAUACUCAAUCAUAACAAAUAUUUAUUCGUUUUGCUUCCUGGCCACAAAUAUUAAAUUUCUUUUUUCUUCAAAUAAACGCUUUUCUUUUUUUUUGGGGUAAACAACGUUUUUGUUUGCCUUGCCAAGCCCAGGAAGAACGCAACUUGUUUUUUUUUUUUUGUUUUUGUUUUUGAAAUAAACAAAUCGAACGGAAAGUGACAUUUUUGUUAACGGAAGUUUUAUGCCCGCCUCACAUAAUAUGGCACGCAAAACGAGUUUUGAUGAUGCCUUGGAUUAUAUAUUCAUUGCAAAUGAGAAAAAUCCCAACACAUAUGUCAUCUCAUCAGCCGCCUAUACCUCACCGCUGACAGCUGCCACAACAACAUCAUUUACCACACACGAUGUCACCACUAGUAGUCGUAUAAUAAAUACAUUAAGCGGCACAGCCGCUUUAACGGCUGCCACAGUCACUGCCACAACUGCUAUAUUUGGUAGCAAUAGUAAAAGUAGUAAUACUUUUGCUUCGGACUCUCUUCUAACAGCAGCAUCAUUGACAUUAUCCGCAUCAUCGACUAUGUCGCCAUCAACACUUUCGUUGCCAACUUCCUCCGAUAGCAAUAUGUUUAGUAAUGUAGCAGUAGAUUUAGGUUCACUAUUAAUCAAUGACACCAUGUUAAAUGAUACUAGUCUGCUGGCAGAUUUAGUUAAUAUCACCACCGAUCCCUUUGGCAAUGGGACGGUUAGUGGGAAUAUGACCAGUCCUGAAGAUUUGGGAGAAUUAAUACGUAUGGCUGCGACAUCGGUUGUAUUGGGUCUUAUGAUCUUGAUAACUAUUAUAGGCAAUGUUUUUGUAAUUGCUGCCAUCAUUUUGGAACGAAAUUUACAAAAUGUUGCUAAUUACUUGGUAGCAUCACUGGCUGUUGCUGAUUUAUUUGUCGCUUGUCUGGUAAUGCCACUGGGUGCUGUUUACGAGAUAAGUCAAGGUUGGAUAUUGGGACCGGAAUUGUGUGACAUUUGGACAUCAAUAGAUGUAUUGUGUUGCACAGCUUCUAUACUGCAUUUAGUGGCAAUUGCUGUUGAUAGAUACUGGGCGGUAACAAAUAUCGAUUAUAUACACUCUCGCACCAGUCGUCGUGUUUUUCUAAUGAUAUUUUUUGUUUGGACAGCGGCGGUGAUUGUAUCGCUGGCACCACAAUUUGGUUGGAAAGAUCCCGACUAUUUACAACGCAUAGAACAGCAAAAAUGCAUGGUUUCACAAGACAUUGCCUAUCAGAUAUUCGCCACCUGUUGCACGUUUUAUGUACCUUUAUUGGUUAUAUUAUUCUUGUAUUGGAAAAUUUAUCAGACGGCCAGAAAACGUAUACAUAGAAGACGUCCCAAGCCCAUCAAUGUAACUGGCAAUAAUAAUCAGGUAAGAUUUGUUAGUGAUAGACAAACAUAUAUCUUCAUAAAGUAUUAAUGUACAUAAGAAUUUACGAAAUUUAACGAUUUCUAUUGUUGAUGAUGCUGCUGUUGAUGUAAGAUGAUGAAUGAUGAAUUGUUCUAAUGG